UCCAGCUAUGCCAUUGCUACUGCACAUGUCUUCCUGUGGUGGGCUCAAGGGCGUCUUCUCUGCUAGCACUAGAACGCGGGUUUAGCUUUGUCCUUCGAUUGAGUUUUAGCAUACCCGAUUGGUGAAAUAGGUCUAAGUAUUGGCGUUCCAAGUUGAGGCGCUGGCCUUGCUUGCUUUGAUUCAUUCACGACGCGACCCUGAUAGGCAGACCAAAGAGCGCGAUCUUGAUUGCAUUGUGGUUGGUCAGGGCCUUGUCUGCUGCUCAAAAUGGUACUCGUUGGGGCUAUCCGCGACUAUGUCGCGAAAAUGCUCAGUGAGCUGACUGGAAUGAAAGUACUUAUUGUGGACAAAGAGACGCUUGGUUUCAUCAGCGUUGUGUUCAGCCAGUCUGACAUCCUGCACAAGGACGUAUACUUGGUGGAGCCUGUAGAUGCCCCUCCAACAGAAGAGUCGCUGGGGCACUUGAAGGCGGUCUGUUUCCUACGACCAACUGGCGAGAACAUCACACAAUUAAAGCGCCACCUUAAGAAUCCUCGAUAUGGGGAAUACCACCUGUUCUUUUCCAACAUUCUGAAGAGCACGUACAUCCAGAUCCUGGCCGAUGCAGACGAGCACGAAGUCGUCCGUGGUGUUCAGGAGUACUUUGGCGACUACUUUGCCAUCGACCCGUACCACUUCACGCUCAACCUCCCAUCCAACCACCUCUGCAUGGUCCCCUCCGUCAUGGAUCCCCACGCCAGUCAACGAGCGGGGGACCGUAUCGUCGAGGGCCUUGCCUCCGUCUUUCUCUCUCUCAAGAAGCGCCCUGUGAUUCGGUACCAGCGAAGUUCGGAGAUUGCGCGGAGGAUAGCGUCGGAUGUUGGGAAGCUGAUGUACGAACAGGAGAGCGGUUUGUUUGACUUCCGACGAGGGGACAACACGCCGUUGCUGUUGGUGCUGGACCGACGAGAUGACCCGGUGACGCCGCUUCUUAACCAAUGGACAUACCAGGCCAUGGUGCACGAGCUGAUUGGGUUGGAGGACAACCGGGUGGACUUGGGCCCCCCGACGGGCGCGAAGGCGAAAACCGAGGCGCAGCAGCUCGUGCUGUCACAAGAGCAGGACGCGUUCUUCAAGGCCAACAUGUACGAGAACUUUGGCGACCUCGGGGCGAAUAUCAAGAAGAUGGUCGACGAGUUCCAAGCGCAGUCGCGCUCCAACCAGAACCUGCAAACCCUGCAGGACAUGGCGCGCUUCGUGGAGAACUACCCCGAGUUCCGCAAGAAGUCGGGCAACGUGUCGAAGCACGUGUCGCUCAUGUCGGAGCUGAGCCGCAUCGUGGACGAGCGCAUCCUCAUGAGCGUGUCGCAAAUCGAGCAGGACCUGGCGUGCACCGCGAGCCAGGCGACUGCGUUUGAGGAGGUGUCCACUCAGCUGGACAACGAGAAGGUGGGCGACGUGGACCGGCUACGGCUCGUGCUGCUCUAUGCGUUGCGCUACGAGAAGGAGAAUCCGCGACAGCUGGAGCAGCUCAUGACCAAGCUCAGCAGCCGGCCUAGCAAGUACAAACCAGCCCUGGUCUACACUUUGCUGCGGCAUGCGGGCGUGGAGAAGCGCACGGGCGACCUGUACAUGAACCGGGACUUCAUCAACCGGGCGCGCAACAUUGCCCGGGGGCUCAAGGGCGUGGAGAACGUGUACACGCAGCACCAGCCGCUGCUGACGCAAACCAUGGAAAAUAUUGCGAAGGGGCGGCUCAAGGACGUGGACUAUCCGUUCGUUGGGAGCCACUACGCGCCUGCUGGCAGGCCGCAGGACGUGGUCGUUUUCAUCGUGGGCGGGUCCACGUACGAGGAGUCGCGCGCUGUGGCCCUCCAAAACAACACCGCGAGCGGCGUCAAGUUUGUCCUGGGGGGCACCGUCGUGCACAACUCUGCGAGCUUCCUUUCCGACCUGGAAGAAGUGUACCGGCUAGAAAGGACGAGCGACCUUGUAUAAGUUGUGUUGGCCCUGGCGCUUAGUUGGCACCGUUUCCUGUCUUCUUGACUGAGGCCGGUCCACUGUGAAGUCCACAGACCAGCAACUUGACGCUUGCCAUCAACGUUUGCAAAGUGUCAAAGGCCCGGCCCGUAGUAUGUGUAACAUAUUCAACCCCACCAGCUUGCAAGUAAGCUUCUCGUUAAAGGGGCUAGCUCGUAUCAAGGGCCGGGCCUGCCUCUUCGACCAUGAUCGAAAGUGUUUGAGUACGGCCUUUCUGAGCAGCCUGUGGACGUCUCGUUUUCCAAAUGGACGUUUGACCUCACUCGAAAUGAUCAAAGUGGACGUU